AUGAAUAUCGUAGAACAUCUUCUUGAUUUAACUAAAGCUGAAUUUGGUUUCGAAGCUAAAACAACAACAACAAGUGAUGAAAUAUUUGCUUCACAGCAGUUAUUUGAAAUGCUCAAGGCUUUCAAACACAGCUGCUUCAACGAACUCCAUACCUAUGACUCUCUUGAAUUUGAUGAUGAAUACGAUGAUAUGAUGGAUGAAGAGAGUAGUGAUGAUUCGGAUGAUUUUGAAGAAAAUCAUGAUCCAGACCUUAGAAACCUUUUCACUUUGGAAGAAAUGAAAAGUAUUGCUGAAUGGGUUGAUCAACAUCCAAAUUAUACAAUUGCCACUAUAUCGCGUAGAUUUCGAAAAAUUAAAUCCAUGACUUAUAUCAACAGAUUCAGAGAGUAUAUUAGUAGAAACGGCUCAAAUCUUGAAAAACUAAAUAAAAUCAAGGAUUUCAUGUUAAACGAAUUUUAUAUUAAAAGAGCCAUUGAAAAAGAAGCAGUUCAUGACAUUGAUCUACAACAUUUUGCAAUACAAAAGGCAAGAGAUUUAGGUUGGCAUAGCUUCAAGGCAAGUGAAUCAUUCAUCAUCAGGUUCAAGAAUGAAAAUCGAAUUCCAUCAAAAAAAUACAAUAAACUUAUUACCCGAGACACAUCAAAAAGAAAAAUUUGUACUUUAAAUGGUAUGCAUCAACCAUAUUCAAAUUCAUUAUAUUUAUCUAAAAAUAAUAUAUUUUAG